UUGAGUAAGACCCAUGUGCAAUGAGUACCCACUGCCCACAGUCCACAGCGCCCUACUGAAAUGUGGAUAUUAUGCUGUUUGGGUGUCAGUUCCUGGGACAAUUCUGAAUAUAAUGACCUUUCCUGGUCCUGAGAGCAGAUGCCUCGUUAAGACUAAAUAAUACUGUUGAUCAGAGGCUAACACAUUAUCAGUCACUAGGGGAUUCCCAGGUUGUGAAGAGCAACAUCAUCAAGAGACAUAACUAUGAACCUUCCAGGUAGGAACCCAGUCAUCUGCCUGGAUCACCCUGGGCCGGUGACUCUCCCUCAGGAUGCACAGAGCAAGCUGCAGAAUUUCAUGAAAGGGGAGCCAGUUAUUCUUGGGGUGAGCCAAAUCAUGCUUGGUCUGAUGAAUAUUUGCCUAUGGAUUAUUUUAAAGGUCUCCCUUUCAUCUGAUCAUCAUCUUCCUCUAAACCUAUGGGGCAUUGAAUUAUUCAACCUUUUCUUUUUGGGACAAGUUUUUUAUAUCAUGUCUGGAACUCUGUCUGUUGUGUCUGGAAAGAAAAUGACAAAACGAAUGAUUUGUGGCAGCCUAGGUAUGAACAUCGUGAGCAGUGUCUUAGCAGGAGCCUCACUAGUAAUACUUGCUUUAAGUUUGGAGGAAUCCAGAUGGAUAUCAGAGACAGGAAUUCUAUGUCUCAUUUAUGGGAUUCUGAUCCUGAAGCUCACCAUCACGGUGCUUGAGCUAUUUGCCGCUCUGUCCCUGUCUGCUUCUGGAUGCCAGACUGUCUGCUGCAGUGUGACCUCUGUGGUGGUUGACUUGUCCUCCCAGGAGCUAGAACUUUCUUUUCCUGAUCUAUAUCAUGAAUAUGAUGAGGUGACUUUCCUACCCAGUUAAGUUGCUUAAUGAAACAGCUUAAUCUGGGUCCUUUUCCAUAUUGUCAUCCUGACAUCAGUGUCCAGAUAAUGAAAAGGGCUUUGAGUUCUCUCAGGAAAAUAAAUGUCAUUGGUUUGUUGAAGUUGCCUUUGCUGUGGUCUCCCACUCCAUCACUGAUAUGAUGACCUCUGAACAAGGUAAAUGAAGCAUAUUAUGUAUCUGCUUAGAACUGACAAAACCUCAUAGCCUUUUCAACAUGAAAUAGAGACAUUUCAUGAAAUGUGGAGCUAUUUGGAGCCAUUUUAGUAUUCUGACUUGGCCUUGGGGUGGAUAUUUCAGUAAAACCGUUCAUACCAUGUCUCAGAGAGCAGACACUACUUUUAUUGUAAACAUUCAUGGUUUACCACAUGAUGUUUUGAUGUUCACAUAGGUAGCAAAGUGAUUGCUACAAUCAAGCAAGCUAAUAUAUCCAUCAUCAGAAAGUUGCCUUUUUUCAUUGUGAGACUGCCUCAAAGCACUAUUUUUCAAUGUAUGAUAACUAAUUUCCAUAUUCUUAAUUAUGUCUUCUUUCCAGAAAUUUCUAUCCAAGUCCUGUGCACAUUUUAUACAUGA